CCACUAUCAUUGGCUAACAGAAAUGUGAAGAAAGACGGUGUAGCUGAAAUAAAUCUUGUUGGAUCGGGCAAGUUCCAGCAUCUUCCACAAUCUGCGAAGCCUUGUUGACUGGGUGUUCUUUGAAAAACCAGCAUUGAUCGCAAUAUGAUACAAUUGACUAGUGUAGACAGGUGAAGAGAAAGAUGAUUUUUUUUUCCGCGUGUUGUCAGCCUGAGCUUUCCAGUGCCGCCCUCACCAUCGGAGCUUAGGUGGGGCUGCUAAGAUGGGCAGUCAUCUUCAUGGCUUCAUCUUCAUGCCGAUGCCCAUCGCUGUGCCGUGCACGCCCCAUGUCGUUUUCCGCUUCUCUGGUCGACAUGGGUCAUAGAUCCGUCGGCCUCGCCGCUUGCACAUUCUGGAACCAAAAAUGCGACCCUUCUUGAAACGGAAGCUCCAUUUGUCAGGGCGAGCUUUCGUGGUCUCCAAGCGUCCCGAAAAAGCUCAUGUUUGCUGCGUCUUCCUGGGCUUCACACCCUUCCCUGACGAAUGGCACCUCAUUAACCAGGCAGAACCACGGGAGUAUUGUACCUGGCACCCAUGCCGGCCGACGUGUCAACUGCUCAAGCGGCCUUCGGCUUCCGCUCAGAUUAUUGAGGUCGUCUCGUGGCCACGCGGUGCGAUACACUGCACUAGGCUCGCUGCAGAGAAGCCCGAAGAACUCCACGGGCGGUUCCUGAUGGGCGGGGCCGCACCUUGUUGGUCGGCGGAUCCGGGCGGGUCGCCUUGGCCGACCAGUUUUUCCGCCUUUUCGGGGGCGUGUGGCUGGCAACCACCGUCUCAGUCGUUUUGCUUUUGCUUCUGGGCAGCCGUUCCGCCCGUUCCACGAACCGGCUCUGACAUGGGACAAACUGCCGAACCGGUGAACCCGUGUGGAAAGCUGCAGGCAUUGGGUAGGCACGGGUCAGGUACUUCAGCCGAAGCCCAAGUCUUGUACUCCGUACGGCCCUGGGUGAUCGGGCAGAAGUGGGCUCCCUUCUGAUAGGUACCUAUGGACUUGCCCAUCUGGUUCAUCCGUAUCGGCCGACCGGUCACGCGCGAGCAGGGGAAGUCCG